AUGGAUGAUGUGAAGGACAAAAUGAAGGGAUUGUUCAAGAAGGUGAACAAGACCUUCUCUGCUCCAUCUUCGUCUGGCAGGUUCCAGGGGCAGGGAAGGGUUCUCGGCUCUGUUGCCGACGCAGGGGAACAACCGGCCGUCUCCCCUCUUGUACAGAGGUUUUCUGCCCCUUCCAAUUCACGACCAAACCCCCAGAAGGCGGCUCGGCCGGCCGGCAGCGCCACCAAAGUCGAUCCUAAGCCCUCCCCGAGCAUUCGACGUCCUGAGAGCGAGCGAUCGGCAGGCCAGUUCAGUCCAUGGGACCCCCUGAUUUCUUCUGGCAAGCGUACGGUCAACGGCUCUUCCCCGGAGGUGUUCCAAUCUCAUGGCGGCUCUCGGCUAUCCUCGUCGGAGGAGGAGAUAACAUCGCGCGUAGAGUCUGGCUUUGCUGGAAAUGGCAGCGUCGAAUCUUGGCCAGAUGAUAGGGACAGGGCAGAAAUUGAGGCGAGGGAUGAUGUGGCUGCACGGAUUGGGGAGUUCGUAUCUUCAGAGCCACCGAAGGAGUCCGUUGAGGUCGUUCUCAGGCUUAUGAAAAAUGUGGUUAGAGAGCCAGAUAAUGACAAAUUUAGGAGAAUCCGCAUGGGUAAUCCAAAAAUAAAGCAAGCCGUGAGCGCAGUCAACGGAGCGGUGGAGCUGCUGGAAUGUGUAGGGUUCAGGCUCGAGGACGAAGAAGGAGAAACUUGGGCAAAGAUGGAUUUUCCAGAAGAGAAACAGAUAUCCUUGAUCAAAGAAGCAGCAACCUUGUUGGAGAGGUGGACAACUGCAGACUCUACAACAACGCCUUCGGCUGCCACUACAGAGAAAUUGCCGGAAAAGGAAAAGAUUGACCGUCACGUAUUGUUAUUGCCUUCGCUUUUUAGGAUUUUUUGUUCUCUUCCUAAUACCUGAUGAAGUUUUGCUCAAGCUGCUACUUAAUUGCCGUUUCUUUUCUGCUUGUUAUCACUUCAUAUAAUGUUUCAACUUGACAAUCACACUCCACCAGAGAUCACUAAGAAACCAAAGGAAAGGACCAAAGUCGUCCACCUUAAAACCUUCUUGCUUCUUUUAGUCAUUCAUUUUACAUCAUUCUCUUUGUGAGGUUUGGUGGUACUUCAACAUUGAAGAUUCACUAUAAUGACAGUAAAAAAGAGUUUGAUUCAACUUCUCAUUUACCCAGUCCGUUUUUCAGCAUUAGGCUCUGAAUCUCUUCAUUAAUAUUUCUUGUCACGUCACUUUUAUGUUUUUUAUUUUCUUCGUUUCUCGCUUGAUUGUUUUGGUUGCACCCAGGAUUAGUUUGGGCAAUAUUUUUAAAUGUAUGCAAAAUAAAAAAUAUAAAAAUAAAUAAAUUAGCAUAUAUUUAUCAGAAUAGAGCAUGAACAUCGAAGAAACAAGUUUAAGUGGAUGCUCCCUUGUGAAAUACUAUGAAAUACAUUAUCUCUUGUUUACAAUGGCAAAACUGAUUCGAGCAUCUAUGUAUCAUAUGAAUUAAUGAAAUUAUCACUGUUUAAAAUUUCUACACAAGGGCGCUAAAAUAAACAACUAGGUACUGUAAAAUGCAGCGACGGAUAUGAUUCUUACUAUUCACCAUAAAAAAAUCAGGUCAAUAGAUGAAAACUUUGCCACUCGUGCUUAUAUAAUGUGCUUGUCGAUAAUUAGAAGCAGCAUUACGUUGCAGUUCUUUUUCUUUAAAAUCCGCAAACCUUAGCAUAAAUAUUGAAGUAAUGACAUUCUCAAGCUUCCAUGCAGGUUUGUUUGAGAUUGUAAUUGAUGGUGGGUAGAAGUGCCUUUAGAAUACGUCACAAAACAAGAAACUAAAUGUAAGAUCUCAAUUUGGGAGCCACUAAGAGAUUCAUAAUCACAUCCCUGUGUGGAGAAUAAAAAUGAGAUCUCCUUGACGGCUUCCAAAAUGUUGACCUGCAUUUUCUUCCUUCUGAUGUCGGUUACGACUAUCUUCAAUCAGAAUUUGUAUGUGAAAUGAAAAAUGAAGUGGAUCAGUUCCAGUCGUUUGUUUUACUGUAAUUAAAUCCCUUAAAGCAUUAUCGUGAACAUCAGGAUUUAUUUAGUCCCAUCGUACUAUCAUCAAUCUCAACAAUCAUUCGCUUUUUUUAUUCUCAUUACAUCCUUUUUUAAGCACAUUUCUCCUUACGUAAUAAGGUUCACGCAUGUAUGUUUUCAUCACUGUAGCCUGUUUUUGGAUUGCAAACUGAAAUUGCAUCUAUGUGAAUGUGUGGAUAUUUAACGAAAAAAACAUUCAGCCUGAGAUUGAGAAUGUCAGGCUGUCUCUAUUGUAGAAUUCUUUAUUUGAUUUCUUGAAUGUAGGCCCCCGAAAGCUACAAGUUGCAUUAAGAAGCUCCUAGGUUUUCUUUCUCUCCAUGCAAAUUAAUAAAUGAUUUCCCCUUAUCAAGUUAGGCCAUCUAUUAUAUUUACAUAUGCAAUGCGCCAUAGAUUUUUCGACAGCUGAAGAAUAUUCUCAAUAACCUUGAUAUUUCUCUUCUCCUGAGACAUCUCAUACCUCGGUUUAAUGAUGUCGGACAUAAAUCUUGAAUUGUUGUGAUCUUGUGAUAUGUUUUUCUCCCAUCUGCUUUUCUGUAAUCUGUUCUCAAUCGUUAUAUGGACGAGGCAAACCUUUUUGUAGUUUCCCCUAUAUUCAUGUACUAGGGCCCAUGUAUGUAAGAAUAUAUACGAACUAACUCAUUUUUGUAUUUCUUCUAUUUAUUUGAAUCCACCAUUCUAGUGAGAUAUUCUGAAAAAAUAAAAGAUUUACCGUGCAGUGCUUAGUUACCUCUGAAGUCCCUUUUUUUCAUAUGCUAUGAAAACUGGGUUAUUUUUCUUUUUUAUUUAUUUAAAAUAAUGCCAUUUAUCUUUUUAUGCUCAUCUUUGGACUCAUCAAGGACCUUAUUCCAAUAAGCUAUUCAUUCAAUCCAGAUAAUUUAACGUUAUUUGGCCAAAUCUUUAUAUGUAUGCAUUUUUUUCCUAAUGGACUUAAGAGUGUGCGGAUGCUUGUAGGUCAGAGUCUUUUUCUCCAUUCCCGAAAGCGAAGCAGCAAAGAUCGACCUGCCAGAUUCUUUCUAUACUCUCUCAGCUGGGGAGAUACGAAGGGAGGCCGAGAUGAGGAGAAAGAAGCUAGAGGAAUCCCAGAUCUUGAUACCCAGGUCGUUCAAGGAGAAGCAAGUCAAGGCCUCUCAGAAGAAAUACAGGGCAACCUGCAUACGCAUCCAGUUUCCUGAUGGAGUAGUGCUCCAGGGUGUCUUUCUGCCGUGGGAAUCCACCACAGCGCUCUACGAGGUCACACUCCACACUCCUCCCUCUGGAUCUCCAUCUUCCUCCUGCUUCUUCUUCCUGUUCCGAACCACAAAUGAGGAAACACCUGGUCAACUAAGCUGAUCGCGAAUAAUGAAACAUUGUCAACGGACCAAACAUUUCCAUCCUACCACACAGAAGCAUGAGCAGGCAAGGUCCUUCCUAGAUCACAUUAUUCUGGUCAACUAGCCAACCGAUCUAGCUUCUCCAUUUAUGGCAAAGCCCUUCUUAGUUUCCUUUAAUUGUAUUUUGACCAUCCGAUCACCAUUUAGCUGAUUUCUGGUAGCUGAAACUUGUGCAGAUUUCUUCAUCUCAUUAUUCAUUUUAUAUGCUUCUGAAACCGUCCAUCUCAUCCCUCCCCCCUUCUUCAGUUUGUCAGCUCGGCGUUGAAACAGCCGGAGCUGGAGUUUGACCUCAUGAAGCCGGCCAUCCCCAGGAUGCGCCCCCUCCCAAGGCUCUCAGGAUCGCCGGGGAGACCACCCCCCACGCUGGAAGAGGAGGAGCUGGUCCCAUCCGCCCUCAUCAAGUUCCACGCCAAAGAGACGGACUCCGUGGUCUUCACCGGCCUGGCGAACCACCUUCUCGAGGUCAGUGAGCCGCUCACAACGCGUUGA